CCCAUUCAGAUACACACUAUCGGAAUUUUUCAAUGAGUCUGGUCGGAAUAACAAUUUGUUUAUAGUCAAUUAAAAUGUGCUUGUGAAUUGCCACGAAGAAGUAAAAACAAAAUGAAGUUUUUAAGCUUUAUAGUGUCGGUAAUAGCUUUAAUCUACAACGAAGUGGAGGCGAUAAAAUUACAGGCAAAUGUGGGGGAGCUGUUUACGUAUAAAAUCGAACCGCAACUCUUCAAUUGGACACACCAGGUGAUUAGCCAGCAGUUUCGCUAUAGACCCUCCUUGAGGAGCUAUCCCGAUUUGCCCAGUUGGAUGCGAUAUAUGUACAGUCAUGAAUACCAUGCCGGAUUUCUGUACGGAACUCCGCCAGAGUCGGCGGCCGGAAAGGAUCUCAGUCUGGAUGUGGUGGCCCUGAAUCGCCAGAAUUACGAAACCCGUCACGUUGUGGUCUCAAUGUUCGUGGCCCACAAGUUUCCCACGCCCAAUGUUGUGCAGAUGAAGAUCAACAAUCUGAAUUGGGUCCACUUUAUGGAUCCCGGUAGGGUGGAGAACUUACGCAAUAUAUUCCGGAAUGAUUUGUGGCCAAACAGUAGGGAGGACCUGAGUGUGGUCUUCAUGGAAUCGGCUGUGAAUAUGGGUGGGCGUCUUCCACUGCGACCACAGCAGCGUGAGGGAGUCAUUGUCCAUGUGGGAAGCUUUGCCCAAUUCUCACCCCGACUGAUGGAGCUCCAGGAGGAAGUGCGUCCUCUGUAUAAGCUGCCAUCCUGCACUUAUAAGCGGACAUCCGUCCAAAAAAUCUUCGAGAAUGUGGGCUUUAAGCUGGACUGGUGCGCCUUUCGCAUGGUGGGCAUGGAAUCGCCCACGGAAAUCCUCUACCACAGCGGCAAGCAAAGUGAACAACAGAUGACGGAGGAUCAGAGGCAGCAGGAGGAUCGCUGGAUUGGCAUCGCCAGGGAGGAUGUGCCCGUGCGCAAUUACAUUGAUGAAUUCGCCUUUGCUUUCGCCAUUCCGGGCAUGAUUUUCGCCAUCUUAAUCGGGAUGUUAUCCGCUGUUUUGUGCUUCCAGCACAAUAAGUUUUCCGAUCCGCAUUCUGAGUUUUUCUUUGCCAACAUUUUCCACAUCUGCGAAGAGUCCUGUGCGCCAAGCGCGUCAAACGAUUCUGAGGCGGAUGAUGGAUCUGAGAGUUCUUCAAAUUCGGAUUAUCCCAUGGCGUCCACGGUUCAGAUGGUCCAGUGUUCGGAUAGCAAGUCCAAUCAACCAAUUACUACCUUAAAGAACCUUAAGGACCCGAAUUUUCUUCUGGACAAUAUCAGCAUGCGUUCUCAAAGUCCCAACAACAGCUUUUACCAGUUGGACUGUGGAAACUCCAGCAUUUACGCCCGUCCCAAACCUCCGCCGUACAAGGGCGGCACUCUAGGACGAAACGGAGUGGAUAUUUGACAAACAUCUCCCCGAGUGCUCUACUGCUGAAAGGCGUUGGCCCUGAACCUUGGAAAUCUCAAUAAGCAAUAUCGAGGAGCGUUAUAUCAAUUGCAUAAAUACUCACACCUGCCGAAUAGACAAACCAUAUCGUAAUUAUCAAUUUAUAUACAUAUGCAAGCAUGAAACUGUAGCCAAUUUACUUUGCCGUUCGAAAAUGAAGGCAAUCAAAUAAAGGAACAUUUUGUAGAAAAGUA